GGGGCUUUGAUGGGCCCAACCGGACGGCGGGAGGGAGCCAGAAGGGCAGGCGGGGCGUGAACGCCUUUUCCGCCCUGGGCCCGGAAGGGUGAUGUGGCUGAGGCUUCGCCGGCCUCACUAUGUCUGCCAUUUUCAAUUUCCAGAGUCUUUUGACAGUGAUCUUGCUGCUUAUAUGUACCUGUGCUUAUAUCCGAUCCUUAGCACCCAGUAUCCUGGACAGAAAUAAAACUGGAUUGUUGGGCAUAUUUUGGAAGUGCGCCCGAAUUGGUGAGCGAAAGAGUCCUUAUGUAGCAGUGUGCUGUAUAGUGAUGGCCUUCAGCAUCCUCUUCAUCCAGUAACUUGUCAAAAUGCCAGGACUUAAUUGUCUUCAAAUUUUAUAAUGAAAAAAGACUUUGUCUACAGAUAAUAAUGAAACAGAUGGUUUACCCUUUUAUCUCUGAACAUUGAAUGAGAUAAAUUUCCAGCUGCUGCUCUCUAUUUUUAUGUUUUGGACCAAUGUUCUAUAUAAUAAUUAGGAGAUAACCAUUUAAUAUUUAAAGAGUUGCAUGUUUUUGUAACAGUUAACUUUAAUGCAAUCACCACAAUAUUACAUUCUACUAGUGUCAUCCUGUGUCAGAUACCAGUUUAGCAAGGUUUCUAGGGCACAUACUAGAAAACAGAAUUAGAAAAUUCCUUCCAUUGUGAUUUGAAAAUGGUAAAUCUUUAUGAGACCUUUUUAGUACAAUAGCUUUUUUUAUUGGAGAAAAAUUUCAAUUUGUAUUGGUAAGAGUUGCAUUAUUUAAUGUAAUGCUUGCUUUUCCUCUCAACAGACCAUUUUGAGCAUUAACCAGAGUACCUCUACUAGCAAACUCUAUAGUUUAUUACAAGUGUUUAAUCUAUUUAAAAUAAGCCUAUACAUUUCUUAAGGGAGAAGCAAAUAAAAUGUAACUUAAGAGUAGUGUUCAAAAAAUGUUCUUAUUUGACAUAAAAAGAGUUUAGGAGAGCUGACUGGUGCAGUAACCUCUGAAACCUCUCUGGUCAGAUGUGGAUAAAGUCUUAAACUAAAUUUGACAGCUAACUCAUAGUCUCUGAAAAAUGCUGUUAUUAGAAUGAAAGAGCAAAAUAGAACAACAAUUAUAGUAAGAUAAUCCGAUAUGUGUUUGUCAUUCUUAAUGUCAGGUCUUCUAAAAUGAAACACUUUUUUAAUUGUAAUCAAAAUGCAAACUGUAUCUGUUUUUUUUGUUAUGUGUUUGUGUAUGUGUGUUAAUACAGCACUUUAAAUCUGGUUUAUGUUUUGUGUGUCAACUGGAAUCUUGUGUGUAAUUUAGUAAGUGAUGUUGAACAGUUUUUAAAUCUAUUUCUCUUUUUACAUGGCUCGUUUCUUUGAUCCAUGCUAGUAAUGGCAGGCCUUAAAUAAUUUUCAGUGGAGACAAGAGAAACAUUGGGAUGUUGACUAAAGUUUACGUUAACAGUCAACACCUUUUAAGUAUUAAUUAAAAUCUGAUUAAAAUUUAAGAUAAACUUAAGUAUCUCAGCUCAAAAUUAUAUAUAAUUUUAAGUAGCUAAUAGUCUCAUGUGCCCCAUAAGAGACAAAAACUUUUUUCUUUUUAGGUAGUGAAAAGUAUCUUAAAUAAUUUUUAAAUGGCUUUAGGUAGAUGGUUUUGCAAAAAUAAUAAUAAUAAUAUGGAAAUAAGCACCACCCAUUUAUAACUAGUUAGAAGAAAUUGAUUUUGCUUUUUAGACACAUUCAAAUUGUGAUCAUUGUUCUUACUCUGAACUGUCCCCUGUGCUUAACAGAACAUUAAGAAUUUACAGAAUAUCCACUCAAACAUGUGCAGAGUAAGUCACCUUUUGGAGUCUUUUUUUCUGAGUGGUCAUCUGUUAUUCUAGCACUGUUAGAAAUUAAAUUUUCCAAACAGUGUAACCUUUUUUAUGCUAAUAAUAAAAUGAUUUGAAAAAUGAAAGAAUGUUCUAGCUAAUCAGUUCUAAGACAUUUUACAUUUCAGAGGAGAUAGAUGGAAAGUAGUCAGAAAAUAGUUUCUUUGGCAAUUGUGUGAUAAUAUAAAUGGUUUUAUUAUUUGUAAAAUCUCUCUCUCUCUCUCUCUCUCUCUCUCUCUCUCUCUCUCUCUCUCUCUCUCUCUCUCUCUCUCUCUCUCUCUCUCUCUCUCUCUCUCUCUCUUUUUGCUAUUUUGGGUCACACACAGCAGUGUUCCUCCUGGCUCUGCAUUCAGGAGUUACUCCUGGCAGUGCUCAGGGGAUCAAACUCAGGGCAAACUCCCUCCCCACUGUACUAUCACUUGAGCCCUGUAAAUUCUAAACAAAGUAGAAAGCAGCUUAAUUUGGACAUAAAUCAUUUUGACUGUUCAAAAUAUAAGCUCUUUUUGAAUUUGGGAAGAAAGUGUUCCAUUAAAAAAAAUAAAAGACAUGCUGUUACUAUUUGCUUUAAUAUAUUUUAUCAGAGACUUCCACUCAAUUGUCUUUUGUAGCCAGAAGGUAGUCUUAAACCCUGAGAAUAUUCAGAUAUCUUUGUGGUUUUGGUGUGACAGUGGGAUGCCAAAAAGCUGGGGUAACAAUCAAUCUAAACAUCAAACAAACUACCUAUUUCAUGGUUUUUUUAAGAACUGUAUAGGAUGAUGAGGGCUCAGAAAUACUCUUCUUAACCUCCUUCUUGGUUCCAAGAUCUUUUCAUUCCCGCUCUCCUGAAAUUUAUUUUGUGCUGAUGCUCAUUUGGCCUUACCUACACUGUUGUUUUCUUUCCAGGCAUUCUUAAAAGAUCAUCAAUUAAAGGGCUCUGUUAAAUUCCUUCGUGGCUGAAAGUCAAGUUCAGUGUAUUGUUAAUUGUUGUGCAGCUAUGCCAGUCAUCCUGAAUUUUUUUCAUUUUCGAUUUUAGAAUAGUCCUUUCAUGAUAGGCAUAUUAAUAAUUUAUAUUAGAUACUUUAAUCUUAGAAAUUUGGGGAUCAGUCUAGUUUUAUCAUUGGGCAAAAUAGAAGCUUGAAUGGAAAAACUCAAAGUUUACAAACUGAUCUUGCCUAAUUUUAUGAAAAAGACCUAACAUUUGUAAAUAGUAUAUUUAUAUUUCACCAUUCUUUCAAGAAGCAUUUAUGGAGUAUAUCCUGUUUAUUAUCACUAAAGAUUUUUUAAGUAUAUAGCUUCCCUCUAGUAGUUCAUAAUUUAAUGGGUGAGAUAUCAAAUUAUUUACAGGCAGUAUGAUAGCAUUUAUAACUGAGAUGCCAGGAUUCUGCAAUAAAACAGGACAGGAAUAUGAACUUAUGGAGAAGCAGUAGUUAAGGUGAGCUUUAGCGUGAUUUGCAGAAGCUACAGUGGCACCGAGGGAGUACCUAGUUUUGCCUCUUGGAGAAUGUAAAGACAAGUUUAGUAAGGUAGACUGAAGUUUGAUACUACUAGGUCUUCCCCUCCCCAUAUCUUGUUACCUACCUCAAUUGGACUUGACUAUGUAUUCCCUCUUGUAUAACAUAAAUAUUAAAAAAAUAAAUACUUCCCUAAAAUAUGUAAAUACAGUUAGAUUUUAUGCCGACCUUAGCUUGGGCCUGAAUACCCUGGUAUACCCACAAGAGAAGGGCAACUAACCAGUUUGGACAGUCAAGUAUUUUUAGAAUUUAUUUUUUCAGUUGUGGGGUUCACACAGGCAGUGCUCUGGCAUCAUACCCAUGGGUUUGAACAUGUUCUGCAUUUUCUCUACCACUUGAACUGCAUAUCUUACCCCUGAGGAGUUCUUUAGUAAUUCUUAACUAACUCCAGCUCCAGCAUUUCAAGUACACAGCUGCCAAGAAGCCGAGGUAGCUGUAUUGUCUACAUUUCCUUGGUGUCUCAGAGAAAGCUUUGCACUAAAAGCUUGUACUCAUUUCAAAGGUUUUGAGACAUUGAAUCAUAGUAAAGUGAAAAGCAAGAAAGAAAAAAUUCUUAGGGACCAUUCAUCAUUUCUUUGGAAUCUAGUAAAGUAAGUGUUCAAAACCAAGUAUCUGAGUAAUCAGCAUUUUGAGUACUACACAACCUCAAAUGUUUUUAAUCUAUAACUUAACACUAUCUUCUGAAAAUCGCUUUAUGAUUAUGUCACUUCUACAUUGCUUUCCAUGGUUUCUAUGAUUCUGCUCCAAAAUAAUCAGAAUUGUUACUACAGUAUAAGGAGAAAAGCAAGGGAGGUAGAAAUACAUUUCUUGUGACUUUAAGAAUACAGGUAGUCAUUUUACUAUUAUAUAACUUGUUUAAUAAAAUCAAAAUGAACUGAG